GGCUGCAUUGUAUUUCUGUAGGAAGCUUGAGAACGUUUGUGUGAAGAUGUCUGACGCUGAACUGAUCACGAGCGAUGUUGAAAUGGAGCAGGAAGAAGACUUCAGGGGCCAAGGAGAAGAAGAAGUGUAUUCUGAAUUGGACAAAUUGGCCUUCAAGUUGGUUCGAGCAUGUCUUUCUCUGAAUCUCAACAGCGUUGCCUUGUCCUCCGUCAAUCUGCGAAAAGUGGCGUUUGCAGAUCAGAAGACUUCCGUUAGUGUGAAGACAUUUGAAUUGGCUCUGGAGAAAGCCAACGGGAUCCUGCAAGACGUCUACGCGUAUGCUGUAGUACCACUGGCUCCAAAGGUGAUCACGAGUGCAAAGGGAACGAAGAGUGUGUCCAAGACCAAACAGUAUGCGCUGGUUAAUGUCAUGAAUGAUAACCUGUUACGUUUUCACGAGGAGUGCCUCUGGAUCAGGCACACUGAGAAGCUGUUCCCAAGUGAGCUGCUUGAAAAGAGACACGAUUACAGAAAUUCCAAAGAGAACUUCCCUUAUCCGUUCACAGAGACUGAUCUCAUGUUGAGAGGCAUUGCAAUGGCCGUUGUUAUGAUAAUUGCAGUCUCAAAUAACCAUAUGACAGAGGAAGAACUUCUCAAUGUUCUUCAAACCAAUUUUGGCUUCUCAACUACAGAACCUUUGGAUGUACUGAAUAUCUCAACACGAGAUCUGCUGAAACUCUUGGAUAAGCUUGAAUACGUCAACAGAACAGUAAUACGUACUGAAAAUGAUGAAUUAGCCGAAUACACAGUUGGAAGAAGAGGAUUGAGGGAAGUGGAUAGGGAUGCGUUUAGAAGUAUUACGCAGGUGCUUUAUGACGAAGGAGAAGAGCGUGCAGAAUUCACAAACCUCGUCGAUGCAACUAUUGAACCUGCUUACGGUAAAGUUGGUCGAGCAGAUGCUCCAGCUACACAGGGAUCUCGUGAAGAAACUGUUGGUACUGAUGAAAUCAAUAACUAACUUACAUUACUCUACUCAAUUAUAAUAGAAA